UUGUUCAUAUAUUAGAAAAUCUUUUUUUUCCGUAUAUGUAUGUUUAUUUCUAUGCUCCCUUAUUAAGCAUUGGAGAUGUUGAGAUGAAACUUUCCGUUCUUGUUCAGUUUGUUAGCUGCGUGAUUUUUAGAUUAUCCGGAUUUAACCUGUGGAAAUUGGGUCCAUUAUUUCCUUAAGAACAACUAGAGAUACAAGACGUAACUGACGUGUCUUUAACCGACUUCAAGAAGAAGAACCGUUUUAAUAGAAAAUCAAAUUCUUAGUCAAUAAAAAGCACAAUAAAGAACAUUUUUAGCAAACAAUAAACCACCUUCGAAAACUCUUAAAAACCAAAGUAUCGCGCGAGUUUUACGUAGUUUGUAGUGGGGGGAGGAACUUUCUGUUUAGUUUGACGAGUUCUACCCGCACACAACGGGUGUGCCGUGAAUAGUCAGACUUUGUAUAAACUUGAAACAAGUAACGUUUAUUUGAGUGCAAUAUGCAAUUUUCUGUAUGUGGGAUUGUAAGUAGGAAUAAUGGUUCAAACUUAUUUCAUACUUUUAAUGUUUUCGAGGUGGUUUAUUUUUUUUUAUUGAUUAUAAUAUCGUGCAUAGAGCUGUCGUGUGCUUUUUAAUCGGUUUUACACACAUGUAUCGCCAAGUCGAAUAUUCCCAAGAAGACCGACAUUGUAAAUUAGUAUGUAAAGUAGUGCACACGGUUAUUACUGCAGUUUUCCUACUAUUACCAUAAUAUACCACAUGAAUUAUUUAUCACGUUCGUAAUGUAAAAUUCUGAUUCAUGUUUUUUUGCACAAUACGAUUAUGCCACGCUCCUUUCGCAUAGCAUGUGUUAGCUAUAUCUCACUCGGGUUUAACACUUCUUAAAUAGAUUCUCGUUUUACAUUAUCAAGAGCGAGAACGUCACAGCGUGACGUGUGUCACAGCCGUUUUAAUCAGGGACUGCACAAAAACAUUAAACUUCUCGAUUAGUUUUGAAAUAACAAGUUUUUGUAUUUGCAUCUUUUGUUCCAAGAGAACAGUUAUAAAAGAAGGUCAGUUUUACUAAAAUUGUUAUUCGUGAAAUUUUGAAUAGGAAACUUUUGUUUUCUCGGGAGUAGACAAAAGUUACAGAUAAACAGAUGAACUUGUAUUUUACUUUGGAAAAGUAAAAGAUGAUUAAGCAGGUUUCCCGUUAAUAUUAUACCAGGUUUAUGCUUGCGACGAAACAAUGACCCUUUAAACAGGUAAAUAUAUAACUCAGGCAGUAACGUAACGUGAUUUUCAUUUUUCAAUUUUUGGUCAGUCAUUACGACAAUUAUUCUUCCAUAAUCAUGUAAUAAUGACGUAAAAAUGACAGGAAUAAGUCAUAGUCCAUAGACGUCAUAGUGAAACGUGAAAAUGUCAUGUCACAUUAAUCUUAUUAGUUAGUCUGCAAAUUGAUGUUGUUAUUACAUUAUAAUAUUCACACAUCUUAAACGUCAGUUACUAUCAGGUACACAAUAUCUAGGAUCGGUAAUCAUACCAUUUAUCAACGUAAUUAAUGUUUGCUUAUGUCUUCAAAUUUCUUGUUAUUUCUUGUUCGUAAGAUAAACUCGAGAUAUAAAGAAUUGUAACCUGCUUUAUUCCGCUAUGUCUAUCAACUCAACGCGGAAAGGAAAUAAGGUUUGACUUAAAAGUCAAAAGUUCAUAAAUGAUUUUGAUUUUUAAGAGUUAAUGGUUUUAUUCACAAUCACUAGUUUCAAUUAUGGACAACGAAUGGCGUCUUCUGCGCGCAUUUCAUUCGCGGUGAUCUGCAAUUCAUCGGCUACUACCUCACGAGCUAACAACAUUCUCACGAUGUGAGACGCGAGAGUGAGAGAGAGAGAGAGAGAGAGAGAGAGAGUGCGAGUAAAGAAGAAGAAAAAUAGAAAUAGAAAAUCGUAUGGAACGGAGCGAUUUCGAUUCCUAAGCCCACCCGACGGUCCUCGACACAGCCGAACAUAUUAUUUUCUCGUUCGCGGUGGCCCGAUAUCCGAUCGGCAUCAUCGGCCCGGCCCCGAUUGGUGCCGCUUGGAUUUUAACCCGUCCCACAGCUCGGCUGCGCGUCCACACGGCCGUCCAAUCGCCGCGCCGGCUGAUAAGGGAGGCCAUAACUAGCGUGAUUUGUUAAUCAGUCGGCCGGCGACUGAAUGAAAAUCGCCGCCACGGACGGACUUAGUCGCCGCUCGGCUAGAUCCUCGAUCGGCUCUGUCUCGCGAGUUCAUCCGCCCGUCCGGCGAGACGUCAUGGACCGGAAGUGACCGCGCGCUCUCGAUCACCAGGACCUCUGGACGACUCGAGCGUUCGUUCUUUUUGUCUUUUUUUGUAAUUUCUUUCGAUUUUUCUUCCGUGAAGAGAGGCGUCCACACGCUUAUCGCGUUACGAUAGCGCGGUGAAAACUUGGGGCGCAGAUCGAAGGAUCCGGUCCGGUUAAGCUCCGGACAAUUGGCGAGGAUCAGUAACAGAGAGCGUGAUCGUCGCAAUAAAUCGAUCAGAACGAGUCCACGUCGCGUUUUGAUUUGCAACGCUUGUGCAAUCUGACCGAGAGUAUUGUUUAGUGGAUUCGCGCGACGGAUCGCGAGGGAAUUUCCAGUGGUAUAUAUCUUGUGACUUGGAAGAGGGUCGUGUCGAGGGGACUGACAGUAGUGAAACGGGAGGUCGUGAAAAUAUCCUUCGUGGUGAAGUGCUUGUGCCAUCCCCUGUAGCAAUAUAUAUACGGAUACCUGUCUCGCGGGAGUUCGGAUAAGAAGAUAUAACAUCACGAUGGUGUUGGUGGUGAACGGGGUCCUGCAGGAGGAGAUCCCCUCGGACAGUAGGUCUUUAUACGCGGCCCACCCGGUAUACCGCGAGUCCGCGGCCCAGCUGCACUCGAUGCCGGCGAAACUCGUGGGCCCGGUGGGCCUCCUCUACGUCCAGCAACGAGAAAUGGCUGCGACUCUGCCGCACGACAAGAACGUGAGCAUCCUCGGUUCGGACGACAUGACCACAUGCAUAAUCGUUGUCGUCAGGCAUUCCGGUUCGGGCGCCGCGGCGCUGGCGCAUCUUGACGGCUCUGGAACGGAGGACGCCGCGGCGGCGAUGGUCCAGAGGGUGACGGAACUCGCCCUCGGAUAUCCCGAGGGUCGCCUGGAGCUGCAGUUGGUCGGCGGUUACUCAGACCCAAGAAACUAUUCCGAAGAACUGUUCUGCAAUAUACUCUCCGCUUUUCAUAAGCAACCGGUGGAGAUCGAUCUGACGCUGUGCUGCGUGGGCGAGCUGAAUACCACCGUGAGAGGCGGGAUCCACUGGCCGGUGAUCUACGGUAUCGGGCUGAAUGUGAAGACGGGCGAGAUCUUUCCCGCGACUUUCCCCGACAAGGGCCCGGAUCAGGCGCUGAGGUGCGCCAGACAAUUGACCGGAGGUCAGCAGGUUCUCGACAUAUACGACUGCUCUCUGGGUUUACUUAGAAUCGGGCCUUUCAAUUACGACCCCUUGCGAGGCGUGGAUCUCUGGCUGGCGCAAACCGAUCAAUUCAUCUUGCAGCACCUGUCAACGUCACCGGAGGUGGAGCUACCACAUUUUGCACAACAGGUGCGAGCGACGCUCAAGUACAUUCAGGACAAUCAAUUUCCGGCCGUCACCGUCUUCCGAGAUAACAGACCUCAUUACUACCGUCGCGACGAAGCCACCGGUGUCUGGCAGCAAAUACGAUACUAACUCUCUAAUACCAGUAAAUUCGGCCGGGACUUGCGCGGCGAUCGUUCGCGAAGUUGUUUCUGGACGAUACGAACAUGUAAUGUCAAAUUGCGAAUCGACAAAGCACGAAGCAGGACGAUCAAGCCACGGCUCAAAGUCAGACCGGCUGCUCGAAUCUGGAGAUCCGAACUGCGUCCCUCAGAUGUAGCGGUGUCGUCGCUCAAGGGUCGCUCGAGCGAGAAACCCGAAGAAGUCGCAUUUGAAAAGGAUCGUCCCGCUUUACGAUUGGCGAACAAAUUGCGGAAGUCGGCGUGUAAUUGCAGCCUUCGUCGGUUGGCAAUUAUCUGCGGUCGACGAGAAAAAGACGUCCGAUCGGGGAGAAGCUAUGGGAUCGAGUAUCGAUCAAAGCGGUCGUAAUCAGCACGCUAGACGACGUCUUCAAGUCUGCUCAUACUGAGAGGCGUCCCGUCAAUCGUUUUGAUGUUAUAAUCAGAAUGGAAGAGAUUAGCGUUUAAAAAUCUGCACCGAUAUGAUUUGCAAUAUUUUCUCAUUUCUCGUAUCCUCGCAAAUUAUUGCGAAUUGCGGUAAGGCAAUAAGAAAUUUCGAGAAACGGUUCCUUGAACAUUUUCGUCUACAUACAGGGUGGUUUACUCAAGUCUUAACACACCUAUUAUCUCCUGAAUCGCUAAAGAUAUUGAAAUACGGUUUUUACUGAGAUAAACUAGACGAAGGAGCGAAUUUGCUGAGUUACAAUUUUUUUGUAGAAUUUUUAUCUGCAGAAAUUCUGACUCCAACUUUGAUUUGUUAAAUGAAUUUAUAUCUUUAUUUUACCUUCAUCUAGUUUAUCUCAGCGAAAAUUGCAUUUCAAUAUCUUUAACGGUUCUGGAGAUAAUAGGUGUGUUAAAAGCUCUGUUAUUUCUCGGGCGGCCAUAUUGGUUUGAUGACGUCAGAAGCGAGAAAUGACACACCGAAAAUUCCUUGCAUUUUAUUGCUUUAUUUUUUACUUUUCCCUGAAAAACUAAAUAUUUUCCUAAUCUCUCUCUCUCUUAUUUCUACUUCAGCUUACAAUGCCAGGAAGUUCUUUAUAGUUUAUAUCUUUAUUUUACAUUUUUCCUACACUCUCUUUCUUCUUUUCCUUUUCGCUACUUUAUCCUAUUUAUUUCUUAACCUACUCCUUUUUCUUUUACCUUUUUUCCCUACUUCUUAUCCUAGAUAUUUCUUAACCUAUAUUUUGGCAAAUUCCAUCCUUUGGAUUUCUUAUUCUAUAAUCUUGGAGAUUUGCCAUCUGAGAGGAAUGCGAGCGUACGAAAAUUUUUCUGUUCCUCUGGGAAUCGAACCUGGGCCUCUAAAGUGUGGUAUACUAAUGUAUGGACUACUGUGCUACGCUUGCACUCAAAUAUUUUUCUGAUCCUGAUACCUGUAAAAAGUACAGUAAACUCAGAUAUCUUGUUGAUAUAUCACAUAGCAUCGUGAAAUAAUUCUUGAAAUAAUGCUACAUUUUUCGGCUGUCACGGUGAUUUGUGACAGUUGAGAUAUCAGCAUGUAUGAACACAUUGAGUUUUUCGAUUUUCACAAUGUAUCAUCAGUAUCACAGAGUUUGUUGUGAGGAUUUUACGGCUGUGAGGAUCACGAUAGUAUACACACUGCACAGAGAAACUGAAAAAUAACGCAAUAAGACGCAAGAAACUUUCCGAGGUGUCAAACGAGGCUUAGCGUGAGCCUGGCCUAGUGUCAGCCAAUCAGCUAUGUUGACACAUAGCUGUUAUUAGCACACAUAGCAUAGUAGUUAUUUCGUGUUUUCGACACUGCUAGGCGUCACCGUCAAUUCAGACCUUCUGCGACGAGAUAGCAGAGCCUUAACGCUUAAAUGGACUAUCCUGUAUAUAUACUAUAUAUGCUACUAAGGCUAUAAAUAUGAUUUACGUUUUUGCACGUGCAAAUAUCUAAAUAAUCGGCUUAAUAAACUAUUCGAAUCCGAAUCAUCUGGAUCUUAAUAUCCGAAUAUCGGAGCUCAUUAAUCGAAUUUACACCAACCACUGCCAAAAACUGGAAACGAUAUUGCAAGAAACGAUGAGAUUUUUACAUUACCAGAUUACUAGAUUUUUUAAUUGUUUUAUCGAGACAUUCGUGGAAGUUUUUUCUUCAUUAGGCAAAGUCCUCAUUAUUAAUUUUUCUUUUUAUUCGCACAUUCAUGGGUUUCUUUUUAUUCUCAGAUUCGAUCGAUUGUGAAGUCAAUUAUCCUUAAAUCCAGAUUUGAGUAGCCGGGUAAUAAUCCUUUUUGAUUGUUCGGAUUUAAAAUUGUUUGAACAAUUUUAACCUUGGCUUAUGCUGAAUUUUUAUAAUUCGGGAGAAAUAUGUGAAUCCUUGAACACACUUUAGAAGAAACUGACGCGCAUACAUAAAUGCAUUUGUCGAGACAAGGACAGUGCAAAAGUUUUCUAAAAAAAUGUUUAAAGGAAUAUAUUUUCAAAUAGAUUACGCGUGAACUUUUUAAAGAUAUUUAAGCAAAAUAACACGUAUUUGCAAGAGGGGGCGACGUGUGGCGCACAACAACUCCAUUGUGAGCAGGCUUGUGCGCGCUGUGAAUGCAUCGGCAUUGUUGAAUCUCCUCUUUGAUAUAUGCUUGUAUUGCGCGAUAUGGACGCGACGAUAUCGGACUCUACGUUGUUGUAUCUCUGUUGUUAGUCGUGCGCGAUCGUUGCUCCAUCGUUGAACGUUCUCUCCGGAUUGAAUUUCUUCGUCGUCAGUAGCGAGGUAAAGCAACGAUACGUAUUCUCAUCGCGCGAUUUAGCGCCAAAUGCGACUGCCCGACACUUACUUCAUGUAUACAUCACCUGCGAACUUUCCUAUUAGAUAACUAACUCGACAGCGGAAGGUCAUGUUUGGAGUUGAAUAUGCGAUCGGAGCGUGUACUGAUAGCGCUUACGCGUCCACACUUACGCACACAAAUACACACACACACACACAUAUAUAUAGUUAUAUAUACGUAUACACACAAAUACAGAAGUAAGUACACACGCAUACACACAUGUGAAGCCACGAGACACUUAUUUCGUUUUUUUUUUCUUUUGUCGUCUUGUUCUUUCAGCUGGAUUACAAAAGUUCGAGCAACGAAUAAUUCCGUACUUGCCAUAAUAGGGGGAAGAAAGUUAAGCGAAAGGUAGAGGCGAAGCAGAGAACGAUGUAAAUAAUUUUUCAGGGUUGUGCCCGAGUCUUUCGGGUGAGGGAAAGUUCCUUUGCCUCGACACGGUUAGUUUAGCGCGAGGGCAUGCGAAUCCCUCGAAAAAAGUUUCCGCGGAACAUGGAGACACCGGCAGUCGUCUCAAGCCGAAAGUGUUUCGUGAAAAUUUGGAUGAAACUACAUACUCGCACGCACUCGUCUCUCUCUAUUACAGUAACCUUUCGAAAUGGUCAUACAAAACACGAUUGCGCCUAAUUAGUUUACGAAAUUGGAGUAAAGCAGAUCCGGAAGAUAUAAAACGCCGCUCUUGCCGCGCUCUCGGCCGAGCGGCGAGUUGUUUUGCCGAACGUGAGGCUAAAACGUGCGAGAUUAGUUUUGGAUGAGUGCGAAAUUCUAGAUUAAUCGCUAUCUUUAUCAGGUACGACGAACGCAUACGAUAAGGGGAAAAUUGGUGCAAUAAAGACGAUGCGGGAAUUCGAUCGAUGCGGAAAUCGUGCGAACGCUCGACGCGAAUCUCCCUCCCCCCCGUCGUUGGAAAGCGCGAGCGUGUGCGGUCGCGAAAACGAAUAAUCAAAAGAUGACGAGGCCUUCCCUUACCUGUGGGUUCAUCGAUCAAGUGCAGGAGAGGAUACCCGCUUCCCGGAUUGCGUUCGAGACGGCACAGUGAAUUUUGCCUCACCGGCCACUUGGGAAACGUUUCACACGUCGAUACUUUUCGAAUGUAGCUUUCAUUGAAAGAGGACGAAAAAAAAUGACUCCACGUACCCAAUAAUUCAGCGUUAUCGUCGAGCACGACUCACUCUGGCCUACUUCGCGGUAAACGUAUGACGGAUUUAUCGUCUGCGCACGGUUGGCGAAGCGGGAUUCGCUUUUAUAGCCUCGUUCUCGGAAUCUUGGAGUAAUAAAACGCGGAAGAAGAGCGCGUUCACAAUUUUUCCAUUGUUCUAGUGAUAGAUAAGCUCUAACUGAGGUUGAUUAUGAUAAUAACGAUGACGGCGAUGAUAUUGCUGCUGCCGAUGAUGAUGAUCAUGAUGAUGAUGAUGAUUGUAAUGAUGAUGAAAUGAUGAGAUGAAGAGGAUGAUGAUGAUAACGAUAUUUCCUAGAAAUCGAAGAGAUAUAUUUUUACUAUAUUAUGUAAAGAGCGAAUGCACUCGUGAGAGGCGAUGAAGCUCUCAGGAUCGAACCCACGACACUUUUCCUUCCCAGUCGAUCUGCGCGAGUAGAAGUAUAGCGGGUGGUUUGCCACUUACUUUGUUGCUUCUGCCAGGAGAAUAUAUGGCUUUUCUCGCUUGCGUCAUAAAAACUUUCCGGUGCCCAGCGACACGAUUAUAUAAUUUUGUCUCUUUCUCUCUUUCUCAAGCUCCCCUUCCUCCCUUCCUCCCCUCGUGUCCCAUUACCUGCUACCCUCUCGUUCGCCUUUUCUUCCUGACCCCCGAGGAAACCCUCUCCCUUGGUCCUCACGGCGCCUUCCUGUUCGAUCUCUAUCGCAUUCUUUCUCGCGUUACGCAGACGCAGUCUUACUACAUAAUAUUAUUUGGUGAUAUAUUUAUACAAUAAACGAUGAUAGACUAAA